GGAAGAGGAGGAGGCAGACAAGAAGGUGAAGAUAGAGGAGGUGAAGGCAGAGGAGGAGGUGAAGGCAGAGGAGGAGGUGGAGGAGGAGGCAUUGAAGCUGAAGCUGGUCACACUCACAGGGCCCCACAGAGGAGGCCAGUGUUCACAGGGCAGGGUCAGAAUGCCCAACCUCAGUCAGACCUAUUUAGCCCUAGCCAAACCUAUGACUACAACCCUGCCCAGUGGAGCUGGCCAAUGGAGCCCUCAGGCCCUGGUCUGAGACACUAUUCCCCUGUGAGAGAACAAUGUGGCUGUGUGGGACAGGGUGGAGGUGACGCUGUUGGGACGGCGACCGGGACACACCCCUUCAACAGCAGCAGACAUGCGUCAGCCUUGUCACUCCCGGCGGACCCAGAGCCGGCACACAGACAGACUAGCUACAACUACGAUCCAGAGGGGAGCAGGCAGGCUAGUUAUGGAGCGGAAGAGCAGAUCUGGGGUCAGUCAAAACACAGACAGGCCAGCUGCAGUUACAGUACAGAAGACAAACCGAUACGCAGGCAGGCUAGUUAUGGAGUGGAAGAACAGAUCUGGGGUCAGUCAAAACACAGACAGGCCAGCUGCAGUUACAGUACAGAAGACAAACCGAUACGCAGGCAGGCUAGUUAUGGAGUGGAAGAACAGAUCUGGGGUCAGUCAAAACACAGACAGGCCAGCUGCAGCUACAGUUUGAGGCUAGAAAGACAGACUAGCUACGGUCCACAGGAACUACACAGACAGGCUAGCUACAGCUACAGUCCAGAAGACAAGCCAAUACACGGACAGACUAGCUACGGUCCAGAAGAACAGAUCUGGGAUCUGUCGAAACACAGACAGGCUAGUUAUAGUCCAGAAGACAAACCGAUACACGGACAGACUAGCUACGGUCCAGAAGAACAGAUCUGGGAUCUGUCGAAACACAGACAGGCUAGUUAUAGUCCAGAAGACAAACCGAUACACGGACAGACUAGCUAUGGUCCAGAAGAACAGAUCUGGGAUCAGUCGAAACACAGACAGGCUAGUUAUAGUCCAGAAGACAAACCGAUACACGGACAGACUAGCUACGGUCCAGAAGACAAGAUCUGGGAUCAGCCGAAACACAGACAGGCUAGCUACAGUUACAGUACAGAAAGGCAGGACUGGAGAUUUACUGCUGGUGGUCAACACGAUCAUUUGGACAGGUGUGUACCACUGGAACAAGGAAAUUUACACUCCCACAUGCCAAAUGGAUGCUGUGGCAUUGGUGGUCCAAGUCCCAGGCCUGUGUCCUCUCAGGGCAGGGGAGAUAGAGCUAACCCCCAGGAGAGGACUACUAGAUUAAAGGCUGGAGGAGUUGGAGGUGGGAUAGGAGAAGACGGCUGUAAUGGACGACAUGUCCCUGCUGGCUCGAGCUCUGAGGGUUUGGUCAGGAAGAAGCAGGGUUCGGUCUGGAAGAACCAGGGUUUGCUCCGGGAGAAGGAGGGUUCAGUCAGGGAGAAGGAGUGUUCGGUCCUGGAGAACCAGAAUGCGAUCCGGGCGAAUGAGUGUGCGGUCCAUGAGAACCGCGGUUCAACCCAGGAGAACCAGGGUUCGAUCCGGGAAAAGGAGGUUUCAGUCCAGGCGAAGAAGGGUUCAACCCAGGAGAACCAGGGUUCGAUCCGGGAGAAGGAGGUUUCAGUCCAGGCGAAGGAGGGUUCAACCCAGGAGAACCAGGGUUCGGUCCGGGAGAAGGAGGUUUCAGUCCAGGCGAAGAAGGGUUCAACCCAGGAGAACCAGGGUUCGAUCCGGGAGAAGGAGGAUUCAGUCCGGACGAAGGAGGGUUCUGUCUGUGAGCAGAUCAGACAGGUGGUGUCAGACCUGGAGGGGGUCCUGGGGGGUCUCAAACAAGUCCACGUGGAGAUGAAGGAGGUGGUCCAACAGAUAGAUCGUCUGACAGCUAACAUUGACCUGGAAGAGGAAGAGGGAUCAUGUAACAAGUCCCCUAGUCGUGGUGACGGUCACCUCAACCCCAGAGACUGUAAAGGUGGUGACAGUCACCUCAACCCCAGAGACUGUAAAGGUGGUGACGGUCACCUCAACCCCAGAGACUGUAAAGGUGGUGACGGUCACCCCAACCCCAGAGACUGUAAAGGAGUCCUGAUGUUCAACCAGGGAGACCAGAGACCACAGUACAGAGACAUGGACCGGAUCGUCAACCAGAAGACUACUAGGGUCCAGGUACACACCCACUGGACUGGUACAGGGGACCUGGUCCACAACCAUAAGACUCCUGGGAACCAUGGACCACAGUGCAGCGACAUGGAUCAUACUGUCAUCAUACAUGACCCUCCUCCCGACCCCAGAGACAUCCCUGGGGUCCUGGUGUACAGACAGAAGACUAAUGGAGAUCAGGGAGUCUCCCUACUGUACAGACAACCUGACCAUACUGUCACCAUACGAACUAACUCCCUGUCUCCUGUCCUCACCGCAUCUGUCAUCAAGACCAACCGGGUUGGGGUCACAGCCCUGAGCCCCAUGGGCUCCCUGAGCACCUCCAAAGACCCCAAACAGGACAGACGGGGGCUCAACGGACACCCUCCUCUACCCGGUCCAGGUAGAGAACUGAACCAUGUGGCCCCCCAGACCCCCCCAGAGCUAGAAAUGACCCGCUCCCUACCCCUGCCCCUAUGGACUCAACUGUCUGACCCCACAGCCAUGGUCGGAUACAGUGUCCCCACUCUUAGGAUCCAGAAAUCUCCACUGUACCCCCGCCACAACGGACGGGUGGAGAGGCUCAGUAAGAGUCCGGCUCAACCAACCUACCCUGCCCACCCAGCACUGCCGGUCCUGCCCCACCUGGCCCAGCCACCCUACCCUACCCACCCUAACCACCCAACCCACCCUGCCCUGCCUCCCAGUGACUUGAAGACACCCCCCUGGUGUGGCAUGGUAUGAGGGGACAGCCUCACUUCCAUGGGGGCCUGGAACAUAUAAUACAAGGACAGAACUACACUGAUAAGUAGUCUGAGAAGGAAAGCUUGCGGAGCCCUGACAUGGUGAAGAGAUGUCAGUCAGUGGUGGACACGGUCAGAGGUGGACACGGUCAGAGCCCGCCCUGAAGAGGGGGCUAUUUCCAAGGGAAAACGCUCCAGACAGACAGGAGGGGAAUUCCACAUGAAAGCCUGCGAUGCACAGGCCUUGAGACGCACAGUAUGAAGCAAGCACUUCGACAUACAUGAACAUGUAUGUGUGGUGUCUGGGGGGUUGGCAAAAACUCAAGACAGCAAAAACUGACUGUGUCACAUUUCUUACCUUUGUGUAUGAAAUAAAGAUAGCAGUGACCUAAUAAUUGGUAUUAAUAUUGAUUUGAAAUGUGUUAUGUUCUGUUCUGGCACCGAUGUGUGUUUCCAUUCUCCUUAACCGUCUCUAUUCCAUGGUAUUCCGUGUCUAAACGGCCUUUUCUGCACCUGAAAUUACAAGUUAUUCCCUAAAUAGUGCACUAUGUUUUGAUCAGAGCCCUAUGGGUCCUGAUCAACAGUGGUAGUGGACUAAAUAUGGAAUAGGGUGUCCUUUGGAACCCUGUCUUUAUGAUAUGGAACAAACUACUGCAUGUCGGAAUCGUCUGCAGGUAGGCCUGCUACCCUCUCUGUCUCUCUGUUUAUUAAAAAUGGUGUCUCUUUUCUCCCAGAGCCCCUACAGAUAGGAUGAGACACCCCUCUGUCUAUGGCUGCGUUUACACAGGCAGCACAAUUCUGUUACUUUUUCCACUAAUUGUUAUUUUUGAACAAUCACAUCAGAUCUUUUAACAUCAAAUAUAUUUUUCUGAGUUGAUCUGAUUGGUCAAAACACCAAUUUGUGAAGAAAAAAAAAAAGAUACGAAUUGGGCUGCCUGUGUAAACGCAGCCCUGUUUCCUCUCUCACCACAGAACAGCUCUGUUUCUCCUCCUCUCUCUUCUGUUGACGUCAAGCCCAGUUUCCUCCCGUCACUCCCGUCUCCUCCACACUCACUGCAGAACAGCUAUGUUCCUCCUCCUCAAGCCCGGUUUCCUCCCAUCACUCCCGUCUCCUCCACCCUCACCACAGAACAGCUCUGUUCCUCCUCCUCAAGCCCGGUUUCCUCCCAUCACUCCCGUCUCCUCCACCCUCACCACAGAACAGCUCUGUUCCUCCUCCUCAAGCCCGGUUUCCUCCCGUCUCCUCCACCCUCACCACAGAACAGCUCUGUUCCUCCUCCUCAAGCCCGGUUUCCUCCCGUCUCCUCCACCCUCACCACAGAACAGCUCUGUUUCUCCUCCUCAAGCCCGGUUUCCUCCCAUCACUCCCGUCUCCUCCACCCUCACUGCAGAACAGCUCUCUUUCUCCUCCUCAAGCCCGGUUUCCUCCCGUCUCCUCCACCCUCACUGCAGAACAGCUCUGUUUCUCCUCCUCAAGCCCGGUUUCCUCCCAUCACUCCCGUCUCCUCCACCCUCACCACAGAACAGCUCUGUUCCUCCUCCUCAAGCCCGGUUUCCUCCCGUCUCCUCCACCCUCACCACAGAACAGCUCUGUUUCUCCUCCUCAAGCCCGGUUUCCUCCCGUCUCCUCCACCCUCACCACAGAACAGCUCUGUUCCUCCUCCUCAAGCCCGGUUUCCUCCCGUCUCCUCCACCCUCACCACAGAACAGCUCUGUUUCUCCUCCUCAAGCCCGGUUUCCUCCCGUCUCCUCCACCCUCACCACAGAACAGCUCUGUUUCUCCUCCUCAAGCCCGGUUUCCUCCCGUCUCCUCCACCCUCACCACAGAACAGCUCUGUUUCUCCUCCUCAAGCCCGGUUUCCUCCCAUCACUCCCGUCUCCUCCACCCUCACCACAGAACAGCUCUGUUUCUCCUCCUCAAGCCCGGUUUCCUCCCAUCACUCCCGUCUCCUCCACCCUCACCACAGAACAGCUCUGUUUCUCCUCCUCAAGCCCGGUUUCCUCCCAUCACUCCCGUCUCCUCCACCCUCACCACAGAACAGCUCUGUUCCUCCUCCUCAAGCCCAGUUUCCUCCCAUCACUCCCGUCUCCUCCACCCUCACUGCAGAACAGCUCUGUUCCUCCUCCUCAAGCCCAGUUUCCUCCCAUCACUCCCGUCUCCUCCACCCUCACUGCAGAACAGCUCUGUUUCUCCUCCUCAAGCCCGGUUUCCUCCCAUCACUCCCGUCUCCUCCACCCUCACCACAGAACAGCUCUGUUCCUCCUCCUCAAGCCCAGUUUCCUCCCAUCACUCCCGUCUCCUCCACCCUCACUGCAGAACAGCUCUGUUUCUCCUCCUCAAGCCCGGUUUCCUCCCAUCACUCCCGUCUCCUCCACCCUCACCACAGAACAGCUCUGUUCCUCCUCCUCAAGCCCAGUUUCCUCCCAUCACUCCCGUCUCCUCCACCCUCACUGCAGAACAGCUCUGUUCCUCCUCCUCAAGCCCAGUUUCCUCCCAUCACUCCCGUCUCCUCCAACCUCACUGCAGAACAGCUCUGUUUCUCCUCCUCAAGCCCAGUUGACUGAUAACCAAUGUACUGAGUCUCUACCACUACAAACUGUUAGAAAGACUUCAUCACGGUGUUACGUAAUUCCGGACGGAUUCUUGCUUGCUUGAACGCCAAUAAUUCAGCUACACAUGAAAUGAGCCAGGGAAUCGGUAGAACAUCACUCAGAGAUGCACAACAAACAGUAAAACAU